GCUGGCGAUCGGGAGGCCGCCACCUUGUUCUGCUUCAGUCGGCGUGGCGAUGGCGGGGGAGGAUCCUAGGCGGUCGAGCUUUGGCAGCAGCGGCCGGAGAAGCGGGAUCGCGGGCAGCCUCCGGGAGGCGUGGAGCAGCGCCGGUGGCGACGUCUUCCGGCGAAACGCGUCAAUGAGCAGUGCCGGCAAUGGCGAAGAAGGAGACGAGGAGGACCUCAAGUGGGCGGCUCUGGAGAAGCUGCCGACCUAUAGCAGGAUGAGGAAGGGCAUCCUGAGGGUGAUAGCGGAGGAUGGGAACUUGGCCGACACAGAGGUGGUGGACGUCCGAAAGCUGGGGAAAGGGCAGCGUAGGGACCUGGUGGAGAGGGCUCUCCGCGUCGUGGACAAUGACAGCGAGAAAUUCUUGCUCUGCCUUCGGGAAAGGAUCGAUCGGGUCGGACUUGAUGUACCGAACAUCGAGGUUCGGUUCGAGGGUCUAUCGAUCGAGGGCGACGCCUACGUGGGGAAGAGAGCUCUCCCUACACUUUUGAAUGCAAGCAUCAACGUCUUGGAGGGAGUUCUGGGACUGGUGAGGCUUUCCCCAUCCAAGAAGAAGGUCGUGAAGAUCCUCAGAGAAAUGAGUGGAAUUCUAAAGCCGUCCAGGAUGACUCUCCUCCUUGGGCCACCUGGCUCCGGAAAAACUACUCUGUUAUUGGCUCUAGCUGGGAAGGUUGAUAAGAAACUAAGGGUUAGAGGUAGGAUCACACAUAACGGGCAUGAGCUAUCAGAGUUCGUGCCGGCGAGGACGUGCGCGUACAUCAGCCAGCACGACGUACACAACGGCCAGAUGACGGUGAGGGAGACGCUGGACUUCUCGGGGAGGUGCCUGGGGGUUGGCACCCGCUACGAAAUGCUGAGCAAGCUGCUGAAGAGGGAGACGGAGGCUGGUAUCAGGCCUGACCCUGAGAUUGAUGCCUUCAUGAAGGCGGCGGCACAGGAGGGCCAGAGGUCCAAUCUUGCUACUGACUAUGUUCUCAAGGUCCUUGGCCUGGAUAUCUGUGCCGACAUCAUGGUGGGAGACGAUAUGAGGAGGGGGGUCUCAGGCGGGCAGAAGAAGAGGGUGACCACUGGGGAAAUGCUGGUGGGACCUGCUAAGGCUUUUUUCAUGGAUGAGAUAUCUACAGGACUAGAUAGCUCCACCACCUUCCAGAUUGUGAAGUAUAUGAGACAGAUGGUUCACGUCAUGGAUGGCACCAUGCUCAUGUCCCUUCUCCAACCUGCACCCGAGACCUUCAACCUCUUUGAUGACAUCAUUCUGCUCUCUGAGGGCUACAUUGUCUAUCAAGGUCCACGUGAGGAAGUGCUUGAAUUCUUUGAAUUCAUGGGCUUCAAGUGCCCCUCCAGAAAAGGAGUUGCUGACUUCCUGCAAGAGGUGACUUCGGAGAAGGAUCAAAAGCAAUACUGGUGCAAUGAACUUCAGUCCUACCGCUUCAUCUCAGCUGUGGAGUUCUCGCAAGCUUUCAACUCAUUCCGAACUGGCCAGAGGAUUUCUAACGAACUCCAAUCCCCUUUUGACAGAUCAAAGAGCCAUCCUGCAGCAUUGGCGAAGAAGAAGUACGGAAUCUCUAGCUGGGAGCUCUUCAAAGCCUGUUUCUCAAGAGAGUGGCUGCUCAUGCGGAGGAACGCUUUUAUUUACGUUUUCAAGACCACCCAAAUCACAAUUAUGUCAAUUGUCACCAUGUCCGUCUUUUUCAGAACUCAGAUGAAACAUGAGACACUUGCAGAUGGUGUGAAAUACAGUGGUGCCCUCUUCUUUGGUCUGAUUAAUGUGAUGUUCAUUGGGAUGUCCGAAUUGUCACUUACUGUUGGUGCACUUCCAGUGUUUUACAAGCACAGAGAUUUCUUGUUCUAUCCAGCUUGGGCCUAUGCAGUUCCAAAAUGCCUUAUUAGGAUGCCUAUGUCGAUAUUGGAAUCUACAGUAUGGGUAGCUUUGACAUACUAUACCAUUGGCUUUGCUCCUUCUCCUACAAGGUUCCUUCGGCAGUUACUUGCAUAUAUAUGCACACACAAUAUGGCUCUUUCUCUUUUCCGAUUUAUUGCUGCUGUGGGAAGAACAUUGGUUACAGCAAACACGAUUGGAUCAUUCACUCUUCUUCUGGUCUUUAAUCUGGGUGGCUUUGUAGUAUCCAGAGAUCAGAUUAAACCGUGGUGGAUAUGGGGCUAUUGGUUGUCCCCCUUGAUGUAUGGCCAAAAUGCUAUUGCUAUCAAUGAAUUCCUCGAUGAUCGAUGGGGUGCACCAAACAAAGACACAAACAUUGAUGCACCUACGAUUGGAAAGGCUAUUCUCAAGGCAAGGGGCAUGUUUACAGAAGAAUAUUUUUAUUGGGUAGCUAUUAAAGUCUUGAUUGGAUACACAUUUCUUUUCAAUGUGUGCUUCAUCCUGGCUCUCAAAUAUCUCAAUCCUAUUACUAACCACGAAGUAGUACUGCCUUGUGAAGAUCAACAUGAGAACCAAAAUGACUCUCAGUCUGUAAGUGAACAAGCAACUGAGCAGUUUCAGAACAAGUUGAUAAAUCCUCAAUUUGAAGGAGACAGCAUGGGAUUGAAUAACACAACCAACAAGAGAGAAUCAGAAGUAGAAGCCCCUAAGAGAGGAAUGGUUCUACCAUUUCAGCCACUUUCACUUGCAUUCAACCAUUUGAACUACUAUGUUGACAUGCCUCUUGAAAUGAAAGGCCAAGGAAUUGAAGAAGACCGGUUGCAACUUCUAUGUGAUGUUAGUGGCUCUUUUAGACCAGGAAUUCUGACUGCAUUGAUGGGUUCAAGUGGGGCCGGAAAGACCACUCUGAUGGAUGUCCUAGCAGGAAGAAAAACUGGAGGAUACAUUGAAGGAAGUAUAACUAUUUCUGGUUACCCGAAACGGCAAGAGACGUUUGCAAGAGUCAGUGGCUAUUGCGAACAAAAUGACAUACAUUCUCCAAACGUUACGGUGUAUGAGUCCCUAGUUUACUCUGCAUGGUUACGUCUUUCACCUGAAAUAGAUGCAGACAGCAGAGAGCUGUUUGUUGAAGAGAUUAUGGAGCUAGUUGAAUUGAACCCAAUAAGAAACACAAUAGUUGGUUUACCUGGAGUAAGUGGCCUAUCAACUGAGCAAAGAAAACGCUUAACCAUAGCCGUAGAAUUGGUUGCGAAUCCUUCCAUCAUAUUCAUGGACGAACCCACAUCAGGGCUUGAUGCUAGAGCUGCAGCUAUUGUUAUGCGUACUGUAAGGAACACCGUUGACACGGGCAGGACAGUUGUUUGCACGAUUCACCAACCAAGCAUUGAUAUCUUUGAAGCUUUUGAUGAGCUUCUGCUGAUGAGGAGAGGUGGUCAAGUGAUUUAUGCAGGUGCUUUAGGUCAUGAGUCUCGCAAGUUGGUUGAUUAUUUUCAGGCAAUUCCAGGAGUCCCCAAAAUUUUAGAUGGGGACAAUCCUGCAAAUUGGAUGUUGGAAGUCACAAACACUGUUUCUGAAGCACAACUUGGCCUAGACUUUGCUGUAACUUAUUCAAAUUCUUCUCGUUAUCGGGAAAAUGCGGAGCUCAUCAAUGAAUUGAGCACUCCAUUACCAGGUUCAAAGGAUCUCUUUUUCCCAACGACACAUGCUCAAAGCUUUGUGGCUCAGUGCAGAGCUUGUUUCUGGAAACAAAGUAGGUCCUACUGGAGGAACCCACAGUACAAUGGUCUCAGAUUUUUCAUGACAAUCACAACAGGUCUCAUCUUUGGAACUAUUUUCUGGGAUGCUGGAACGAAAACUGGGACGGAGCAGCAGCUGCUCAAUCUGCUAGGGGCAAUGUACACAGUUGUGAUGUUCCUUGGGAUCAACAAUGCAAUGAGUGUUCAGCCAGUUGUUUCUAUUGAAAGAACGGUCUUCUACAGAGAAAGAGCAGCAGGGAUGUACUCUACACUGCCUUAUACCAUUGGCCAGGUGGUGAUAGAGGUUGUAUAUAUUGUUGUACAAACAUUUAUAUACAGCUUGAUUUUGUUUUCUUGCAUUGGCUUCGCUUUUGGGGUGGUCAGAUACCUAUGGUUCCUAUAUUUUGUGUCAAUGGCCUUCCUCUAUUUUACUCUUUAUGGGAUGGUGGGUAUUGCUCUUACUCCUAGUCACCACAUCAGUCCUAUCAUCGUCUCUUUCUUCUUCAGCUUCUGGAAUCUCUUUUCUGGCUUCCUUAUCAGUCGACCGUUGCUGCCAAUCUGGUGGAGGUGGUACUAUUGGGCUUGCCCGCUAGCAUGGACUAUUUAUGGGCUCAUCACUUCUCAGGUUGGUGAUUUAACCAGUUCGAUCACAGUUCCAGGAGUCGGGACUAUAACAGUAAAGGAGUACGUUCAGGAAUUCAUGGGCUACAGGCACGACUUUUUGCCAACUGUUGCUGUAAUCCACUUCGUCUUUGUGAUGCUCUUUUUGCUUGUCUUUGCCUUCGGCAUUAAAUUCCUCAACUUCCAAAAGAGAUAAAACGUGAAACUAAUACUACUCGGGGUUUGCCAAAAGGAAGAUGCAGGCUUCGUGUUUGUCAAUUGUCAUUGUAGAACCCGAUGAAUAUGAAGACUAGGUCAGAGCUCCUUCAACAUUGGCUUCCUCUUGUAUGCGUGUGAAUAAACGUUCCAGUGUUUCCCAUUCUAAGUACCUGUUUUCUAGUAACUAGUGUUCAUAUGAGGAAAGCAUGA